CCUGAAGAACGCCAUAGAACGGUCGAGAUGAAGACAUGGUGGUCGUCCAGCGUCCUGGUAGCAGCUCUCAUCCUCGAGUGCUGCGCCGUGUCUGCCGCUGCGCCCAUGAGCAAAGCAGAGGAAGGAUCCCUGGAGCAGGACACACUGGCCUCUCUGCUGAGCGAUGACAUGAAUGAAACCAACCUGAGCGAAGUGGAGGUGAGCUCUAAGCUGCGCCCCAAAGUGAUCGUGGUGGGGGACCCCAGUCUGUGGCAGAGUCUGCGGUCCCUCCACAGCGGGACAGGCCUGUUCAAGAGGAGGACGGAGGAGGAGCACCAGGACCUGAACAUCCCCAUCCUCAGACGGGACACGAUGAGGUGCAUGGUGGGACGCGUGUAUCGGCCCUGCUGGGAGGUCUGA